AUGAACAAAGACCCGGACGCCGACACGAGCGCUGCACCGAGCACCGACGCCGAGACCUCCGGGAACCACGCCGCUUCGCACCCCAGCUCUCCGGCGACCGCUCAUCGCCCCGUUCCCGGCUCCGCUCCGCACCCUGCUGACCCCGAGAGCAGCAGCGCCCUCCACAACGCUUCCGACGCCAUCGCCAUUCCAGAGGCCACCCAACCACGUGGCUGCAGCACAAUGGCGACUCCUCCGAGCAACAUCCCCGUUUCAAGUGGGAAAAUGAGCAGGAAUUUUCAGGAGGCCACGGCAGCCGCUAAGGAGGAGUUUGUGGCGUUCUUCCCCCAAGUUGUCAGGGAUCUGACCGAAGAUGAGCUCCAUAGUCCAGAAGUAGCCGAUGCCGUUGGCAGACUGAAAGAAGUCAUAGAAUACAAUGCUGUAGGUGGGAAAUACAAUCGGGGUCUGACCGUUAUGGCCGCCUUCCGUGAGCUGGCUGGGCCAGGCCAGCAGGAUCAGAAGAGCUUCCAGAGGGCUCUGGUUGUCGGCUGGUGCAUCGAGCUGCUGCAGGCUUUUUUCCUGGUGGCAGACGACAUCAUGGACUCUUCACUCACACGCCGGGGCCACCCCUGCUGGUACAAAAAGGAAGGAAUUGGCUUGGAUGCCGUGAACGAUUCUUUCUUGAUCGAGGCCAGCAUCUACCGGCUCCUGAAGCGGUACUGCCGGGGCCAGCCGUUCUACCUCAACCUGUUGGAACUGUUUCUCCAGACUUCGUACCAGACUGAGUUAGGCCAGGCUUUGGACCUUAUGACUGCACCCCAAACCCAGGUGGACCUCAACCGCUUCACGGAACAGAGGUACAAGACGAUUGUUAAAUACAAGACGGCAUUCUAUUCCUUCUACCUACCAGUGGCUGCUGCGAUGUACAUGGCAGGCAUUGAUGGUGAAGAAGAUCACGCUCAUGCCAAGGCCAUCUUGCUGGAGAUGGGGGAGUUCUUUCAAAUCCAGGAUGACUUCCUCGAUUGCUUCGGGGAUCCCAACGUGACUGGCAAGAUCGGCACUGACAUCCAAGACAACAAAUGCAGCUGGCUGGUAGUGGAAUGUUUGAAACGGGCCUCCCCAGAGCAGAGGCGCCUUCUAGAGGAGAAUUACGGCCAGAAGGAUCUGGAGAAGGUGGCUUGUGUGAAGCAGCUCUACGAGGACCUGGGCCUGCCCGCUGUUUACCAGGAGUACGAGGAGAGCAGCUACCAGCGCCUCUCGGCCCUCAUCAGCCAGCACGCCGUCCGCCUGCCCGCCCAGAUUUUCUUCGGCCUGGCCCAGAAGAUCUACAAGCGGCAGAAGUGACCGCCCUGUCCGUUAGCGGGGAAGCCAGAUGGCGGCUUCCUGUUUCCGCCAAGGCCUGAGACCUCACUUAGUGCAAUGGAGGGGGAGGGGUAACCUAGAUACCGGUGCUUUGAAGGGGCUCUUUGUACUCAGGAAGGGGCAAAUAGUUCCAGAGCUGUUCCGUGAAGCUCGUGUCUACACUGUAACCAGUCUGAGGUUUGUGGAGCUGUUGUAAAUCCUCUGGUCUCUUGCUGAGGGAUUCUCUUUAUGCUGGGAAUAUUCGUGUUUUGAGAAUUCUGGAGAGGGCAGUAGAGGGGUGGGGGGGGUUGAAGACUUUAGUUCUCAAAGGUUUUUUGUUUUGUUUCGAGGCUGAAUGUGAAACGGGACUAAAGGUGCUGUCGAGAGGUUCUGGUUUUCCUUGGCUAGCUGGGGUGUGUGUGUGGCCACGCUGCCUCACCCCCGACCUGGGGUGGGCAUUCUUCCCACACCUUGCACAUUCUCAGAAAUGGUAGUAGCUACUUCUCUCCCUGGAAUGCAGGAGCAUGUCUUUUUUUUUACAGCCUGAAUGUCAACCGCCUGUCUUUCCUCUCUGAAUAAGCCUAUGAUGAAACAGGCCACCCAGAAAGAGAUCCCCCACCCCACAAUAUCCUCUGGGAAGGGGAAAAAAGGGUUUUCUUUCUCUUUGGAUCUGUACCUCUGUUUCCCAUGAACUGCCUGCCUCUUCCUUCUUUCCCUUUUUCUGGGGUCGGAGGCAAGACGACACCCUCCUUACCUGAACACAGGGGUCUCCUUCCCUCUUUGUUGUUGAGUUGGAAAAGGAUGUGGCCUGCCCCUUUAACUGCCCAUCCCGAAAACCAGCAGACUCCCGUCCAUCUUAGGGGCCAGCAGGAGUAUGGAAGAUUCUCUCAUCUCUUCUUGAGGAGCUGCUGGGAGAGAAAGUGAUUCUUGGGAGGGAGGGGAGAUUUCCUGUGCACCUGUCUGUUACUCUCUUGGUUAGGGGCCGUGGCAAAACCGAGCAUUCAGGCUGAAGGAAGGCAUUUCUAGUAAUAAAUUAUUUUUGAAAA